AUUGUUGGCAUCUCUUGACAAACUUAAUUGUCUCACAUCCCUGACGGUAGAGUUCUAUUGAUGGGUCUCAGCCCCCAGCUAGCUGCUGUCCUGCUCUGCCUUCUAGUGUGUACCGGGAACUAUGCUCGCAGACAGGACAGAGAGGCAGGCUUGAGAGAGAUCAUCCACAAUUUGGACCAGGUCUUAAAGAAAGAGACACCAUGCACGGAGAUGUUUGUGCCAGAUGUCCUCAUAGCAACGAAGAACACCACAGAGAAGGGACUCCUCUGCAGAGCUACCAGGGUGCUCCGCAAAUUUUACUUCCCACGAGAGGUGACUCCAUGCUUGAAGAACAACUCCGGGGUCCUCAGCAUCUUGAGAAAACUCUGUCGGAGCAUCAGUACCCUGCAUCCACAGGAAAGCUGUAGUGUGAGCACGCCCACACUCACGACGCUGAAUGACUUCCUGGGACGCCUAAGAGGGAUCAUGCAGAUGAAAAACUGGCAGGGUUGAAUUUCCAUGUUUUAACUUAGGAGUUCUUAAUGGUUUUAUUUUUUUAAUAUUUAUAUAUUUAUGACUGAUAAAAUAAAAUAUAUGUAUAAUCUAACUGC